AUGCGAAUAUCAUCGAGAACUCUUCCAAAUUAUACAUUUGAUCCGGCUACAGUCGAUUCUCCAUUAUUACAUACUGAUGAAUCCAGAGACGACAAUAAAGAACAUGAGCAAAUUGAAACUCAAGCAAAAUUAGCUGAAGAACAGGGCAAAAUUACAUCUAAAUUUCCGUCAUCCAUUUAUUUACAUGAUCCAUUUGGACAAAUGAUACUUGAUUAUUGUUCAAUAUUAGCUUAUAUUCUAAUAAAAAGAUUCAAAACUUCAUCAACAUCAGAAUAA